AUGGCGGACGAGGUAGAGGAUCUGGAGAGAGUGUUUGCUCAAGCCACCCAGCAGGUCCGGUACAUCGGUGCUCAGUUGGCGGCUGAUAAACUACUCUACUUUUACGCCAGGUUUAAACAGGCAACUGAAGGUCCUUGUAGAACUCCAAAGCCAGGUUUCUUUGAUUUUCAAGGCAAAGCCAAAUGGGAAGCAUGGAGCAAACUUGGAGACAUGGGCAAAGACCAGGCUAUGAUGGAGUACAUUUCAUUACUCAGCAACAUUGAUGAUGGGUGGCUGAACAGGCUGUCAUCAGAAGCUCAUAUGAAUCCAGACAGACACCCCAGGCAGCAGCCUGGACAGCAAGGCAUGGGUGUGUCAGUCAGUGUCAUGGCAAACACAGACAGGGUGCUCACCGACGCGGAGAAGACCGUGUUUGACUGGUGCCAGGAGGGCAAUGUUCCCAGAGUCACACAGUUGCUGCGUGACUCUGGGGUGGAUGUCAACUGUCUGGAUCAAGAGGGGUUGGGACUGCUGCACUGGGCCUGCGACCGCGGGGAUGUUGAGAUGACGCGGACACUGCUGAGUCUGGGAGCUGAUAUUAACAACCAGGCCAAAGAUCUGCAAACAGCUUUACACUAUGCUGUGUCAUGUGAACAUAAAGAUGUGACGGAGCUGCUGGUGCAACAAGGCAUCGACGUGAAGUUAAAGGACAAUGAAGGCAACACAGCCAUGGAUAUAGCUAGUGAUGACAUGAAACUGUUUCUCCACACCCAGCUGGCGAACAUAACAUAG